AUGCAGCAGGAAACCGACAGCUCAGCCAAAUCAAGUGCUGCAGCGAUCCGCAUCAGAGAAAACCAGCGCCGGUCCCGGGCCCGCCGGAAAGAAUACGUCGAGGGCAUGCAGAGGAAGCUGCAGGACUUUGAGACAAAGGGCGUGGCCGCGACGCUGGAGAUGCAGCAGGCCGCGCGCGACGUGGCCAUUGAGAACUCGCGCCUCAAGAUGCUGCUCGCCCACAGCGGCAUCGGCGUCGAAGCCGUCGAGAGCUUCCUGCAGAGCUUCAAGGGCCAGGACGCCGCCGAGGCCGAGCAGUACGCCGCAAAGAUUGCCACGGCCGAGAGCAUUGCCAGUCUGGGGCGUGCGUCGACGGUUGCGACGCUGUUUCCCGAGCACGCACACAUUGAUAAGCUGGCCGUUUUGGCGAGUGCCAGCAUGCAGCAGCAGAAUGGCAGCAGCGCUUCCACCUCUGGCCACGACUCAGACACCACCAUUACCUCGGACGAUUCUACAACGGGGCCCAGCACGGGGCCCGUCACACCAAGCUCGAGUCACAUGAAUGCCCCCUCGCCGAGUGAUGACUUUGAAGCGCCGCAGACCAUGUCGUGUGAUGCGGCGGCUCAUAUCAUUGCGCAGAUGCAGGGCUGUGGCUUUCGGGAACAGGUUUCUAAGGGGGGCCACUUGGAGGGUGGGCAGAACAGCGACUAUUUGAUUCAGAACUCGGCAUUUUUGAAAAUUCUUGAGGCCGCGUCUAUAUUCAACUAG